CGUGCCCGCUCCCGUUUCCUCAUCCCGACUUUUCCCGUGCCGAGGAUGCUCUUCCCACUGCUCAUCCUGGUGCUCGGCCCGGCAGGUGCCAUGGAGAUCCAGGUACCGGAGGAGCCCGUGGUGGCCCUGUUCGGCCACGAUGCCACCCUGCACUGCUCCUUCUCUCCCGAUGCCAACUUCAGCGUGGCCGAGCUGAGCCUCAUCUGGCAGCUGACCGACACCAAGAGCCUGGUGCACGGCUUCUCCGGGGGCCACGACCGGCUGCAGGACCAGGGCCGGGGCUACACCAACCGCACGUCCCUGUUCUAUGACCAGCUGGCCCUGGGCAACGUGUCCCUGCUGCUGCGGCGAGUGCGCAUCCAGGACGAGGGCAGCUUCACCUGCUUCGUGCGCGUGCGCGACUACGACAGCGCCGCCGUCGUGCUGCAGGUGGCAGCUCCCUACUCCAAGCCCAGCGUGCACCUGGAGCCCAGCAAAGACCUGAAGCCGGGUGACGUGGCCGUGGUGACAUGCCACGCCUCCCGCGGGUACCCGCAGGCCAGCGUGCUGUGGCAGGACAGCCGGGGUGCCAACCUGACCUCCAAUGUCACCACGUCCCAGGUGGCCAACGAGGAGGGGCUGUUCGAGGUGCACAGCGUCCUGCGAGUGCUGGUGGAGCCCAGCGUCACCUACUCGUGCCUGGUGCUCAACGCCGUGCUGCAGCAGCAUGGCCACGCCUCUGUCACCAUCACGGGCCAGCCCCUGGCAUUCCCGGCGGUGGCCCUGUGGGUGACAGUGGCCCUGGCCGUGUGCGUGGUGGUGCUGCUCGGUGUCCUGGCCUUCGUGUGCCACCAGAAAAUCCGGGAGAGCUGCCGGGAGGAUGAGGAGCGCACAGGGCCAGAGGAGCGGGAUGAGGAGGGGGAGGAGCCCAAGACAGCUCUGCAGCUGCUGGAAAACGUGGAGAGCAGAGAGGGUCAGGAGCAGGAGAUCGAUUGACGGCAGCGGGGCCCCCCCGGAGCCC